GAAAGAAAUUACAGUAUUUAUUUGAACCACACAGCCUUACUGAAAGCUAUACUUUUGCACUGUGGGAUACCAGAGGAUAAACUCAAUCAAGUCUACAUCAUUCUGUAUGAUGCUGUGACUGAAAAGCUAACUAAAAGAGAAGUAGAAGCCAAAUUCUGUCAUCUUUCUCUCACAUCAAAUAGUCUCUCUCGACUCUACAGAUUCAUUGAGCAGAAGGGAGAAGCAAGUAACGUAUUUCCAUUUUUAAACACAAUGAUAAAACAAAAGCCAGGUGUCACUCAGCUGUUGAAGCAAGGCAUGAAGGAUUUAGAGGAAAUCAUUGGUCUGUUAAAGCAACUUGGAAUAAAACUUCAGGUUUCUAUAAAUCUGGGACUAGUUUACAAAAUACAGCAGCACAACGGUAUUAUCUUUCAGUUUAUAGCAUACAUCAAAAGAAGACAAAGAACUGUGCCUGAAAUUCUUGCUGCAGGGGGCAGAUACGAUCAUCUGAUUCCACAAUUUAGAGGGCCACAAACGGUAGGACCAGUACCUUCAGCUGUUGGAGUCAGCAUAGCCAUAGACAAAAUAACUGCUGCUGUUUCCAGUGUGGAGGAUUCUGUUUCUGUCAGCUCAUGUGACCUCCUGGUUGUAAGCGUUGGUCAGAUGUCAAUGGGUAGAGCUAUCAAUAUUGUUCAGAAACUCUGGACUGCAGGAAUUCCAGCCGAAAUAAUGUAUGACUGGUCCCAGUCCCAAGAAGAACUGCAGGAAUAUUGCAGAUGCUCUGGGAUUACAUAUGUGGCUCUUGUGUCAGACAAAGAAGGAAGUCAUGUGAAGGUGAAGUCCUUUGAGAAAGACAGACAGACGGAGAAAAGGAUUUUAGAAUCUGACUUAGUAGAUCACCUGAUCCAGAAACUGAAAACCAAAAUCUGUGAUGAAAGAUGUAGUAGAGAAACCUCAGAUAAUCUUUCAGUACCAAAUCAAAAAGGAUCAUUUACUAAUAUUUCAGGUGUAUUUGAAUCCCAUGGAACUCUUGUAGUGCCUAAUGUUAGUGUUAUAGCUCCUGAAAAAUUAUCUGCCAGUGCCAGGCGUCGUCAAGAACUUCAGGUGCAAACAAGGCUUCAGACAUUCAUUUCUAGCUUGCAACAGAAAACAAGCGAGAUUGAGAUUUUGGCCGUAGAUCUGCCAAAAGCAACUGUGGUACACUUCUUAUCAUUAGAGCUCGAUGGAGACAGACAGGCCUUCGACGCCACUGUGAGACAGCUGAUGUCACGACUGCCGAAGCAGAGAUGUUCAUACUUUCAAGCAAUUUGUGAUGAAAUUUACAGCAUCAAAAUGGAAAAGAGGGCUCCUGCCCUUAUCCUGUACAGUUACCGAGAUGAAUACAAGGUUUUGGUUUAAUGCUUAAAGCAUCUUUUUUGGGAUGCUUUUACUGACA